GGUUGGCAAUUUGCAGCAGUAGUGUGCGCCUGCCUAAGCGAAAAAUAUAUUUCAAUAUCAGACACAGAUAAUUUGGGGCCAUUGACAUGAUCUGAUUAAUCGUAUAUAGUGUAGAUUAUGGUAGUAGGAAGAAAAGAACCAGUAGAUAAUGAGAUUGCCCUUAAUGGGAAUGUAAUUGCAAUUCCAUUUAGUAUAGUUAAUGAAAAGGAUGGAAGUUUAAUUAAGAAAACAACUUUGUAUGUUCAUAUUAAGAAAUAUGAAUUAAUUAAGAGUGAAACUCCUAAAUUUAGUAAUAUUACAUUAAUUGGAGUUUAUGAAGAUGGAAGUUUUCAAGCCCAUAUAACCGAUAGUUCAUUGAAGAGUAUAUUUACUGAAAGAAAGAGUGAUCUUAAUGAACAGAUUAAAGUAAUUAAUGAUUUAUUCCCUAUAGAUGGGGAAUUGAAUUAUGAUGAUCAAGAUGAAAAUAAUAAUUUAAAUUUGGAAGUUAGACUUAUAACAUCUGGUAAUUAUUAUGAUUCUGAAACAAAGGAUUUGAUAGAAGAAGAGAAUGAUCCAAAUCAACUGCCUAUUACUAUAAGUAUACGUACCAAUUCAAAAAUACCUGUUUUAAUUGGCUCUAUAAAUUUAGAACCAGUGAGCUUUGACGAAGAUGAUUUAAAAGAUGAAGGUAUAUUAUUUAACUGGUUAGACUUGGUUUUGCGCCAGAAUAUGAAUGCCAAGACUCAAUUGAAGGAAAUGGCCAAUGAACUUGAGAAAUUGAAGGAUGAUAAUUAUAAAUUACGCAAUGAUUACGAUUUCGCUAAGCGAGAGCAGAAAGACAUAGUAACGGAUUUGGAAACAAAGUUCUAUCAAGUACUAAAUGCCAAAAAGGAUAGGAUUUGGGAACUCCUAAAAGAUCGAAAGGGAAAUAUUUCAAAUGAAUCAUUACCAGGACUAAAUGCAAAGUUUGUGUCGGAUGCUAAUAAAUUGAAAGCUAUUGAUAGGAGCAAAAUAGCCGAUAAAAUUGAUGAUAAAUAUUUAAGUCCUACAAAGAGAAAGAAAAGUAAACCUGAUAUUGAGACUUCACCAGUAAAGCGUAGAGCUGGUAGAAAGCCAACUAGUAAAAGGGCCAAAGGAAGAAAGUCAAAUAUUAGUGAAAGUGACGAAGAAGAAGAGUAUGAGGAUGAAAGGCUGGAACAUGAAGACAAACUGGAAGAUGAUUUACCUCCCAGUAAACGAUUACGACAGUCAUCUACUUCAUCAGUCAAAGUAAAAGAAGAGCCUAACUCAUUAGAGCUCAGAGAUGAUGACACUUAUAUAGAAGAUGAUCUGGCAAGUCGGGCCGAGAAAAGUGCCUCCAGUUUAGGUCUUGAAGAUAGACAAAUUGUAGAUAAUGCUGUGGAAACGGAAGGAGACGAUGAUGAAGAUGUAGAGAAGCAACAAGAGGAAGAUGAACAAGAAUCUUCUUACAAUGGUAGUGGAGAGGAAGAAACUGGAGAUCCAGGACCAGAUGAGAAUAAUAAUGAAAUAAUUGAAGAUAGUUUAGGAGGUAAUGAUAAUACCGACUAUGGAUCAUCGGAUGAGGAAGAAGUUGGAGGUGAUCAAAAGAAAGAAGCUAGUUCUAUGGCCAUUCAACCACCUGUUAGUCAGAAUGAAGUAGAGACCGACUAUAGUUCCGGGGAUUAAGUAUCACAAAAUAUAGGAACAAUGGGAGGGAUGAAGGAAUGGAUCUUGACAUUGCGAUCAAUUAUAAAUAGGAUGAAUAAUUGUAGAGUAGGUGAAUAUAUAAGAAUUGUAACCGAUUGCAAUAAGACCCGGUAAAACUAUAUAGUACACUACAAUAAACUACAAUUAUCACACUCACUAUUAAACAAUUGAUUAAUAUUAUAAUUACAAUAAUGACAUCAUUCGCUGUCUGAUGAAUCUCACUCACUCACUCACUCACUAACUGUCACUAACUCUCACGAACUCACUCGCUCACUCUCACUAAUUCUCACUCUCACUAACUCUCACUCACACUACUCCAACUGACCCUACCCAGCCUCAGGGUGCGUAUUCAUUGUAGGCCCCUUCCUGAAAACCCACAAAAUGCCCGCAAAUUUUUUUCUUUCCUUUCUAUAAAUAAUGCGCCGCCAGAAACCAACAGAACCUGAAGGAAAGAAGGAAAGAAAGGAAGAAA